CCCAACAAGCAACAACCGAAGUGCUUGGUUAUCUUAUCGAAUCGACGACAUGAAGUCUGCAUGUUUAGGUAUAAUUGCGCACAAUAGGAAUUUACAAAUUUCAAUUGUCAUAGUUUACUGAAACCACUUACAAUCAUAAUCCAAGCUUUUGUAGUCAGGAAAUGUGGAUUAUUUGUCAAAAUUGUGAGCUCUAUUGUGCUUUAACAUGACUGCCAACAACGUUUCAUUCAUCAGACCACCUCAUGAUGCAAACGGUGAGGAAGGUUCUGAAUUAGGGGAUUGGCAGCUACCAUUGUGUUUUCAAGAAAAAAGACACACAGAACCAAUCGAGGGAGCUACUACAAUAACUCAAACAUGGCGUAUGAAAGAAAGGAUGAAAACAGUGAGCGUAGCGCUGGUGCUAUGUCUGAACGUGGGCGUAGAUCCGCCGGACGUUGUGAAGACUCAGCCGUGUGCACGCCUCGAGUGCUGGAUAGACCCGCUGUCAAUGAGUCCACAAAAGGCUCUCGAGUCGAUCGGGGCCAAUCUGCAGAAGCAAUAUGAGAGAUGGCAGCCGCGUGCUAGGUACAAGCAAAGUCUGGACCCCACAGUUGAUGAGGUGAAGAAGCUGUGCACCUCUCUGAGACGCAAUGCCAAGGAGGAGAGGGUUUUGUUCCACUAUAAUGGCCACGGGGUGCCUAGACCCACAGUUAACGGCGAAGUAUGGGUCUUCAAUCGGAUGUACACACAAUACAUACCUCUGUCAGUGUAUGACCUACAAACGUGGAUGGGGGCGCCAUCAAUUUAUGUCUACGAUUGUUCAAAUGCUGGAGUCAUAGUCGACUUAUUCAGGUCUUUUGCCGAACAACAUGAGAAGGAAUACGAGCAGCAGCAACAGACGCUGACAGCCGCUGGAGGGGCUGGCAAAGGAGGGGCCCCUACCCCUUCAUUACCCCCACCACCGUCAUUCAAGCAAUGCAUCCAAUUGGCUGCCUGUUCGGCUGAUCAGGUGUUGCCGAUGAAUCCAGACUUGCCGGCCGAUAUAUUCACGUCUUGUCUCACCACGCCCAUCAAAAUUGCGCUCAGAUGGUUUGUGAUGCAGAACACGGCCAAACUCGUACCAAAAGUCACACUGGAUUUGAUUGACAAUAUCUAUUCAGCUUUCAAUGCGACCGGUCGUUUCGGCAGCUCCGUAAUCAGUGACCUUUGCCGCUGCGCGAUAAUUCCUAAGACGAACUUUUAUUUACUUGAAAAUCUCAUCAUGUCUCAGUGCUUCAAGUGUGAAAUUGAUUUUACAGAAAAAGAAAUCUCAGCCGAGUGUAGCGAGUGUACUAAUGUUUUUCAUCCAAAGUGUACUAGACUUGAGUCAAUUGAAAAGUUUAAAAAAAUGAACACUCAAGCAAGAGCCGUGUGGAAAUGUGAUAGUUGUAAGCAGGACAAAAACAAUCCAGGUCAGUCAUCGGACAUUAACUUGAAACAAUUUUCCUCUGAUAUAGUAGAAAAUUUACGAAAAGAAAUAACCGAUUUGAAAACAUUCUUCACCUCGAAAUUGGACGACCUACAAACAAAACUAGAAUCUAUCAACACCAAAACAGACACUAUAAAAACACAAAUAGACACUCUCACACAAGAACACAAUAGCUUGAAACUCAACUUUAACAACCUCGAGAAAGAAAACUUGGAAAAUAAAAAACAUGUUCAGAGACUAGAGAAAGAAAUACAUGACUUGCAGCAAUAUACCAGGAAAGACAAUGUUGAAAUUGUAGGUAUCCCCGAAACCCAGGGUGAGAAUUUACUGGCCGUCAUGGAUGCCGUCGCAAAAUCGUUGAAUGUGGAGUUUAAAAAGGACGACCUAUCCAUUAUCCAUCGGAUGCCAACCGCAAAAGGAUCCACUUCCAUAGUGGCUAAAUUCUGCUCCAGACAGAAGAAGAUGCAAUGGAUCACCGCUGCGCGUCAUAAGAAAGGCAUCAAAACAACCGAUGUGUGCGACAAGCUGCCUCCUUCAAAUGUCUAUGUAAAUGAACACCUCUCUCCCUACUACAAAGGACUACUAGGCAAAGCGAAAAAUCUUAAAAAAGAUAAAAAACUAGCCUAUGUCUGGGUUCGUGACUGUAAAGUUUUCGUGAAAAAAACUGAAAGUUCUCGCACAAAAAGAAUCAUGAGCGAUGAGGACUUAAUAGUAUUUCAUGAAUCCGGGAUCUCUUAUUACCUCAUGUUCCUUAAUCAUUGUUUCAAUUUCUUUCCAGACCUGUUCCAAAAACUGUUCCGCCAAGAUCUGUUGGUUGCCAGUUUGUUCCGCAACUUUCUGCUGGCUGAACGCAUCAUGCGCAGCUACGACUGCGCACCCGUUUCCUGGCCCCCACUUCCGCCCACUCACCAGCACCCCAUGUGGCAGGCGUGGGAUUUGGCCCUGGAUUUGGCGCUGGCCCAGUUGCCCCAGCUGCUAGGGGGGGCCGAAGAGGGCGCGCCCCCAGUGGUGUUCAGGCAUUCGCCCUUCUUCGAGCAGCAGUUGACCGCCUUCCAAGUGUGGUUGGAGCUGGGAUCACAACACAGGAGUCCGCCCGAACAGCUGCCUAUAGUGUUGCAGGUCCUGCUGUCACAGGUUCACAGACUGCGCGCCCUGGAGCUUCUGGGCCGUUUUCUGGACCUGGGCGGCUGGGCAGUUAACCUGGCCCUGUCCGUUGGCAUCUUCCCCUACGUCCUGAAGCUGCUUCAGUCUUCAGCCCGGGAACUACGACCUCUGCUGGUCUUCAUCUGGGCCAAGAUACUGGCCGUCGAUACGACAUGCCAAGCGGAUCUCGUGCGUGAUAAUGGUCACAAGUAUUUCCUCUCUGUUCUCCAAGACCCAGCUAUGCCGAGCGAACACCGCACCUUAGCCGCGUUUGUGAUGGCCUGCGUAGUAAGCGACUACCGUCAAGGCCAGGAAGCAGCCCUGCAAGGCAGUCUGGUGAGUAUCUGCCUCGAACAGCUGGGCGACUCCUGUUGUGGCCUGCGCCAAUGGCUGGCCGUGUGCCUGGGGCGACUGUGGGCGCAGUACGACAAAGCCAGGUGGUGCGGAGUCCGCGAUACCGCCCACGAGAAGUUGUAUGUGCUGUUGAAGGAUCCUGUGCCCGAGGUGCGAGCAGCCGCAGUGUAUGCACUGGGCACAUUCAUUAGUGCCGAGACGAAGGAGCGCACCGAACAUGCCAACAACAUAGACCAGAGCGUCGCCAUCAUGCUCAUCAACACAGUCUCCAACGAUAUGUCGCCUCUCGUCAGAAAGGAGCUGGUGGUCGCAUUGCAAUGGAUGGUGCUGUCUUUUGAGAACUCGUUUCUAUCGGUUGCACUACAGGAGUUGAGAGAAGGCGCCCAGUCGCUCAUGAUUUUACUAAUGAGAUACUCUAUAUGUGGCACGAAAGUGAGCUUGCUGUCCAGCAGCAUUCCAAGUAUCUUCACUAAAUUCGAACUUUCUAUAUUCUAUUGUGUUAUUGAUGGUAUCUAUUUCAUGUCUUUACAGGAGCUGGUGGUCGCAUUGCAAUGGAUGGUGCUGUCUUUUGAGAACUCGUUUCUAUCGGUUGCACUACAGGAGUUGAGAGAAGGCGCCCAAGUCGCUCAUGACGUGACAGCGUCGCCACUGAGUGGUCGCGGCGACCCUCUUCUGCGUCGUAACCAGUCGCGCGACCGGUUGCGCGUCACUCUGAUUGGUGGCGACUCUGUAGAUGGCAACGAGCGACUCAAACGCGUCCAAUCGUCUUCCUCUAUCAGCAGUCUUUCAUUGAUCAGUCCGGGACCGUUUGGCGGCGGUAGUGGUUCGCCCGGUUCACCGUCGUCGGGCUACGGGUCGGUGGGGAGUAGCAGCGGGGGUGCAGGGGGUGCAGUGGCCGCCAAGGUGUGGACCGCCCUGGUGGCACUCGACGCCGAUCCAGCGCCCAGUGUGGCGCAGCUUGCCAGGACUGUCGUCGACUAUAUCAGGGAUCAGGUCUGUGCUUGGCCCGGGCAAGGUCGCGAUUUGCUAUGGAUGGCUCAACUUAAUGUGAAAGAAACAGUCACCAAAGAUGCAGAUGAGAUGAAAUCAGCGUCUCUCUCUCUUCCUCCUUCUCCCUCUAACAGGGCUGGAUUUCUAUCUGGGGAUUCUCUGCCGUCACCCAUGACCAGUUCGGCCACAGAUCUUCGCCUGGCUGCGACUCGGUCAUCGCAUAACCUGCUCACGCCUAGAGCUCGCAAGAAUAUGCCAGAUACUAUUUCGGAAGACCGCGCCGAAGAGGGUAGAGGGAGGGCUGAGUGUGCUGGUGGUGGGGAUAGAGGCCUGGUGUCGACUCAGUUUGUGGAGUGGAGCUGCAAGAACUUCGCCAAACCCUCCAUGUCGGCCGGCGGCAGAGGGGCCGAUUACACGGACGUUGAGAGUCCUGAGUACUAUGAACGCGAGUGGAGGUACCUUCGCAUCAGCCUGCGCAAAGAGGCGAAAGAGGAACAGCGCAGAAGUGGCGGACGACCCGACACUCAGCUGAUCUCAGUGAGGACGGCUCAACCCCCCACCACCCUUCUCUUCCACCCCUACGAGCCACAUUUGCUGUAUGCCAGCAAGGAUGCCAUCAGUGCUUGGGACUACCAAACCAAUAGCCGCAUAUGCAGUUGGCGCGUGGGAAGCGGCGGCUCGGCGGUCAGCGGUCGACCGCGUGUGACCGCGCUGGACUUUGUGAACGCCCACGACACCCAGCUGGUGGCGGCAGGCUGCGACGACGGCGCCGUCCGGCUGUGGAUGGGUGUCCAUGCUGGUGCAGGCUCCACCCUCCAUCUGGUCACUGCCUGGAUGGCGCUGCCCCAAGGAGACAGUUCCACUACUGCAAAUGCUAAGCAUCAGCUCAUGAUUGGCAGUCAAGGUAGCGGCAGCGGUGUAGGCCUGGUGAUGUCGUGGGACCAGCACAACCAGCAACUGGUGGCGGGCGGCGAUUGUCGACUGAUUCGCAUCUGGGACGCGAGCAAAGAACUGAAGGCUGCCGAUCUGCCAACGGGCGCCGACUCCUGUGUCACUUGUCUCUCCAUUGACAACAAUUCUAAUGACAACCGCCAGUUACUAGCAGCAGGUUACGGUGACGGUUCAGUGCGGCUGUUUGACAGACGGCUGCCCCCCAACGAGGCGUGUGUCAAGACCUACAGGGAGCACACAUCCUGGGUGGUCAACGUCGACCUCAGAACUGAGAAUGGCACUCCUAAGUUGCUCAGUGGAUGUGUGGCAGGUGACGUGAGAUCGUUUGACACACGGCGCAAUUCGUCAGAUUUGGCUCACAAGACGGUGCAUGGUAUGACUGCUAUGGCCACACACCGAUCGGCUGAUAUUUUUGCAUGCGUAUCGGCCAACCAACUGAUCAACGUGGUGGACCGUAACGCGACAUCAACAGCCGACCGGGUCACCCUCAUCAAAUACCACGAGUGGUUCAUGACGGCGCGAUUCGGCCCCGUCAGCUGUUUGGCCUUCCAUCCGCUGCGAGCGCUGCUAGCCGCCGGCUCUGUCGACAGUACGCUGGUCGUUUAUGCGCCGGCCGCCGAUCCGCGUCUGCGGUGACAGCCGAAUCGCGCCCUUCUACUGCACUAGCUGCGGUUUUUGGUGUAGGCGAUGUGUCUGCGGAGAGUCUGCGAAGGGUCUGUGGAGAGUCUACGAAGCGUCUGUGGAGAGUCCGCGAAGGGUCUGUGGAGAGUCUGCGAGGGGUCUGUGGAGAGUCUGAGAAGGGUCUGUGGAGAGUCUGCGAGGGGUCUGUGGAGAGUCUGUGAAGAAUCUGUAAAGGGUAGGCUAUAUGUAUGUUGCAAGUAUUGAAGAGUCUGCAAAGAGUCUGUGUAAUGUCUGCGAAGGUUAUGAAGAAUAUAGAUGAUUUUGCAGUUUAUGGUUUUUGAAUAUCUGAGAAGAGUUUGUGACAGGUCUGCUGUAAUCUAUUCAAUGUGAACAGUCUGUCAGUGAUACAUGUAAGCGAUAUAAACCAGUAAAGACGGAUCCCCAUAUCAUUUAUCAGUGUCAGUGAACGUGUCAGCUACAGUGAAAAUAUAAUUCCCAUAAGUUAUAAUGGGACUAUUCACACUCAGCCCGACCGAGCGUGUAUGAAUAGUGCCAUUAUAACACAUGAUAAUUAUAUUCUCACUGUACCUGACACGUUUAUUGAUACUGAUAUGUGGCAAUCUAGCUGAAAUAGAGAGAGUCUACAAUAAAUAGUCCCCUGCACACAGGGACAAUACUGGUUUCCACUAGUUUAUAGUGACGGCUACUAAAAUAUUGUCCCUGUAAGAAGAGGUUUGGAAAAUGCAGUGAAUGAUUUUUAUCACACAAGAAGCUCAAUGAUUUUUUGAUUUCAUGAGGAAUGAUUUUCACAUGAGAGCCCAAGUCACAUAAAUCCUAUUGAUUUGUGAUUUUUGGCAGCCAAGACUGGUGGUCAUUAUUGUUCCUGUGUGCUUGGGGGGCCUAUGGGUAUAUACCUCGCAAGUGUCUGUGUAUUGUCCACAGAGAGUCUGUGAAAAGUAUGUGAAGUAUUCGCGGACGGUCUGAGGAUGCUCAACUUUUAAAGCACUGCAUAAGCUCCAAAUCAACAAUCAAGUGUACUGAAGUAUAGUCUGCAAAUAGUAUGUGGAUAGUCUUUGAAACAUCGUCUGAAUUUGAACUGUUGAAAUAUUUUCAAAGUCUUCUGUCGAUAGUAUGUACGUGUAGAGCUUAUUUUAUAGUAUGAAUAUGAUGCAAGUGGAUGAUUUAUGGAAAGGAAGUGAAAUAAAUAAUGAAUAAAGUGAAAAAGAGCAAAUGGUUUUCUAGUAAAGUAUAAUAGUUUUUGAAGAGUCACUAAAAUUUCUAAGAUAAUAAUACUGUAUAUUGUAUAAUAAUAUUUCACCAGAAUUCUAAAUUUUCUCUUAAGAUAAUUUGAAUAAAAGGAUAUAUUUUCAACGAUCUCCCCCCCCCCACCAAAC